UGCGCGCGCGGCCUCCUCGACUCGACAUGAACACCACGAACGGGCACGGGCUGAUGCACCACCACCACGUCCAGGCGUCCAUGGCUCCGGCGCAGCACCAGAAGCAGCGGCCGGGACUGCCGCCGCCCGCGCCCGCGCCCGCGGGGGCAGGCUCCCACUCUCUGCACGCCGACAUGUGCGUGGACGACAGCUCGGCGCCGGGGCGCGCGCAGGCGCUGGGAGGCCUGCCACCGCGCAAGGCGCACCGCAGGUCCCGCAGCGACGUCGUCCCCUACGGGUACUUCCAGCCGCUGCCACCGCCGUCGCCGUCGCCCAAGGUGGAGGCCGGAGGCUGGGGCCUCGCCAGCGGCGGCGGCGGCGGCGCCGGCGACGACCUGCUCAAUGCGUACAUGAGCAUGGAGGGCAUGGACGGGCUGAACCACUCCGACGGGGAUAGCCGCGGGAGCAGCGGCAUGCGCACCAACGGAGCCGACAGCAGCGAGAACGAGUCCGAGGACUACGGCGCCGGCGCCGACAGCCAGUUCUUCCUCUGGGGCGACGGUGGCAAGAGGAGGAGGAAUGCCUCCGGAGAGCCCGCCGCGCCGCCGGCGGCGGCGGCGGCGGCGGCGAGGCACGCCCGGAGCCACUCCAUGGACAGCCUCAUGGGGAAGCUGAGCUUCUCCGCCAAUGGGGAGCCCGGCAAGUUCAGCCUGGACUUCGGUGGCGGCGAGUUCACCCCGGCCGAGAUGAAGCGGAUCAUGGCCGACGAGAAGCUCGCGGAGAUGGCCCUCGCCGACCCCAAGCGCGUGAAGAGGGUUCUCGCCAACAGGCAGUCGGCGGCGCGGUCCAAGGAGCGGAGGAUGCGGUACAUCGCGGAGCUGGAGCAGAAGGUGCAGAUCCUGCAGACGGAGGCCACCACGCUGUCCGCGCAGCUCACUCUGCUACAGCGCGACUCGGCGGGGCUCGCCACGCAGAACAACGAGCUCAAGUUCCGGCUGCAGGCGAUGGAGCAGCAGGCGCAGCUGCGCGAUGCGCUGAACGAGGCUCUGACAGGCGAAGUCCAGCGCCUGAAGCUCGGCGACACAGCCUCGUCCGGUAAUAAUCUACCCCAGCAAGUGCAGCUCCGUUGCCAGAACCAGGUGGCGGGGCUGCACAAGCAGCAGCAGCAGCAGGGUGGUGAGCAGAUACCCUUCUAUCAGCUGGAGCAGAACGGCGCGCCGAGGAACGACGCGCCUAAAUGAGGAUGGCACACCUCGACUACCUGCGCUGGGUUACACAGGGAAAAAAAAAACCUUGAUUAGUCCCGUAGAUGAUACGUUUAUCUUGGAGCUGUGAUCUCGUUCAUAGUAUAACUACGUUUGUCGGGCCGGCAGCGGCAGGGACCCCGUACGUUGCUGGAUAUUUUAUAUUCUUCUCGAUGGAGUCGUCAUAGCUGGCGAAAAAAAUGUAAUGGAUUGAAAUUCUUUUGUAGUACUCUCAUUUAUGAAUGAAUUCGUUUCGAAAUU